UAGAACACUGGGACACUGCUCAGUCUGGUAAGUCUUGGCACGAAUUUAUGCUGCUAAGCAGAAGCUAGGCUGAUACCACCCACCAGUUCACAACUAGCUAUAGUUAACUGCAAGGACAUCUUCAAAGAAUAGCUGUAUGCUUACAGAACCAGAUGCUGGAGAGCUCUUCAGUCCUUUUGUUCGUUGUCUUCGUCCUGCUUUUCAUUUUGCUGCUCUUUGUGGUGCUCAUCAAGAAAAACGGCACUGCUGCCCUUAUCUGGAAUGAAAUAAUCCGGGAGAAAAUAACCAAUUUCAUUAUGAAUCAGAGCAAAGAACAGAGGAUUUUAAAUUUUGUGCUUCAGAAUGCAGUCCGAGGAGACCCCUGUAGUGUCAUGGACACUAUAGAUAAGUACUGCUCCCAGAAAGAGUGGGCCAUGAAUGUGGGCAAUGAAAAAGGUUUAAUUCUAGACAAGACAGUGGAAGAAGUCAAUCCAUCAGUUGCACUGGAGCUGGGAACAUACUGUGGCUACUCAGCAGUUAGGAUUGCUCGGCUACUGAAGGCAGGAGCUCGUCUUCUCACUGUGGAGUUCAACCCAGAAUUUGCUGCUAUAGCUAAACAGAUGAUUGAGUUUGCUGGAGUACAAGAUAAGGUAAAACUCCUAGAAGGCCCUUCAGAGGAAAUUAUCCCCCAGCUGAAGAAAAAAUAUGAAGUGGAUACUCUGGAUUUUGUCUUCCUGGACCACUGGAAAGAUAGAUACGCACCAGACACCAUCUUGCUUCAGGAAUGCAACUUGCUGAGGAAAGGCUCAGUUCUUCUGGCUGACAAUAUCAUCGUCCCAGGAGCUCCAGAAUUCCUUAAGUAUAUCCGCAACAACCCCCGUUUCCAAUGCACUAACUACCCAUCUCACCUGGAAUAUAUGAAAGUGGAAGAUGCUAUGGAAAAGGCUGUGUUUUUGGGAUAGAGCCAUUAAUACUCAACCUUUGUUUCAAAUUAUGUAAAUGCAACUACACAGGUUAACUUGUCCAUGCUUUAAAUUUUUUUUUUUUUAAUUUUUAUUUUGGAACCUGUAAUUAAAGCAAGCGCUAGUGGAGAUUAUUUUAGGUCAGGUGGAAACCAAGAUCAGGAGUAAGUAGGGUAAUUGCUCAAAGGCCUGUUCCAUUGUUUCACAUAAUUCAGCAAACCCAAGGUGACGCACAUCGCCUUGUCUUGACCAACACAUCAUUGAACCACAGAGUCUGUUAUUUUGAGCUCAAACAAAAGGGUGAGGUGGAGAAAGUUGCUACAAGUUCUGAAGUUGCUGUAACUUCUGAAGACUUCUGUCCCCAACCAAACCUGAUUAAUCGUUAUCAAGAGUAGAAAAAAAGCAUGUGUGAUGCAAGAAAAGACCAUUUCAGGAGCCCUGAUUUUGCUAAAUUAAUCCCACAUAAUGCAGUUAGGGCUCCUAUUGUGAUAUCAGAUUUUUGCAGAAGUUACUGCAGAAGUUAAUAAUUUCUAUGUGAAAGAAAGACCCAUGCAGUAAUGAGAAAAUAAAACAGAAUUUUGCAGAAGACAAACAAAAUUAUUACUCUGCUCGUGCAGAGGUAGGGAAAACUGAAGCAGUAAAUAGAUUAAAAUAAAACACAGUAACAGACAAGUAACAAAAGGAGCAGGCUCUUUCCAAAAGAACACCAAAACUGCAUAGUAUCAGAGACCUUGAGAAAAUGCUCAUAUUUAGUUAUCCCCUCAUUAUAUUGUAUAUACAUAGUGUGCGCUUUUUAGGGACAGGGCAAGCUGCUUACUCUUAAGUGCUGUGUAUAUUUAAGACGCUGUAUAAAAAUAAAGACCAGAGAGAAUGGGUUUUACCAGGUGGGUCCUGUACACCGUGGCUAACCUCAGUGCUGAUAACACUAUGUGAAGUGACGGUUGUCAUUGAGAAGAUACAAAGCCAAAUCUGAAGUCUAACUCACCUGAACAAUGCAAAAAUCCACUGGCAUUUCCUGGCAUGUCCUGCUGUGAUGAUAUAAUGAGGCAAUGGUCGCAUUUAUAAAUAAAAACUAAAAAAACAAUA